AUGACCGAACAAAGCGACAAAGUUCAGGACCCCGUCGAAUCCCAUGAGUCCAGCGCUGACUCUGCAGCUGAUACCGCAACUGAUUCCCAGCCCGACUCACCCACUCUAGGUUGGGCCAAUGCACCCCCUCCAGAUCAAGCUGCCAACGAACCUCGUAACCUAUCUCACAACCAGUACAGAGUCGAAAUAUAUGACUUUCAAUGCUUAUCCUUUACUUUUGUCAAGCCUACGACGCAUCAGCAAUACAGGUAUGAGAACCGCAUCACUGAUAUCAAAAAGGAGAGGCUGGAGAGGGAACUAUUUGAAGUUAGGCGAGUAUUGAGGUCUUUUAGUGUUUCUGAGGAGGAAUUUCAAGCUGCACUUGCAGAGUAUGCAAAUAUCAAGCAUGACAUUUUGAAACUGGAACUCCAAUUUGCAUGUGUUAAGCGUGCGUGGAGAUUCGUUCUGGACGAGAGGGAGCGACUCAUGAGACUAGGAGACUCUGAGUAA